GCUACAGCCGCCAUGGCGGCCGCAAAUGCUGUGAGCACUUGCGGAGCUCCAGGUGCUGGCUGUGCUGCCCUAUACAACAGAAUUGUUGUGAGGACUGGGGCUUCAAUUGCAAAAGUCAAUUGCUCAACAGCCGAAAACUUCAUACAUCAGCCGCAGUGUAGCAGGACAGUUUGCAGUUGGAAAAAGGCAGGUUUCCUUUCAUCACCAGUGUUGCCAAGUGGUGGUGGUGCAGGGUCAGGGUUAACGAGCUGGAGUGACAGAAGUACAGGUUGCAGAAAGUCUAGCACUCUCAGAAGACACAUAUGUGUUGCGGAGAGUUUAUCAGUAUUAGAUACAGCUUCUUUGAGACCAGCGUCUGUGUGCAAUGCUGCAGGAGGGGUUGGAAGACAAAGGUCUAGCAAGUUUUGCAGGGCAGCAUUUGGGAGUGUUGAGAGUUCCCAUGCCCCCAACUGUGAGUGCCCUCCGAUGGCUUCGCUCCCAGCCCGCCACCCCCGCCCUCCUGCCCCGCAUCUACUACUCUCCCAGGGUUCCUCGAGGGGGUGACGGCGGGGCAGGCAACACUCAAACUCUGCGGGUCGAUGCCAGCAGUGCGAGUGGGAUUGAUGGAGGGGGGAUUGGCUCAGUGGCAGGAGUGGGAGCUGCUCUGACUGUGACCGGGACUGGGCCGUUCGAGUGGCAGGACUGGGCCACCGUUCGCUCUUACCUUUCGGCAAGCUCGCCGUUUGUCAGAGCGUAUGGGGGCACCCGCUUCAACGACGGAGAGACCCCCUCCUCGGAGUGGGCCGCUUUCGGGUCACAUUACUUCGUCAUCCCUCAGGUCGAAAUCCGGGAAGGCGCUUCCGGGGCGCUUCUCGCAUGCACGGUUCUCUGGGGAGGGCCGGCGGCAGGGGCACCAUCUAGAGACGCCGCUAUCGAAGCGGCACAGAGCGCCAUGGCCCAGUUGUCGAAGCACGUCUGUGCCCGGGAGCCGCAGCCGAGUCUGUCGGCCGUCAGCAAGACGUUCCACCCCGACCAAGAGGAGUGGGUCGCCGCUGUCGAGCGGACGCUGGCCUCCUUUCCGGCGACCACUCUGGCGGUGCGGCAAGGCGUGCCGCUCUCGGACAACAUGCCGCUCUCAAAAGUAGUGAUGGCCCGAAGGACCACUCUCGAGAUGGCGGAGACCGUGGAUCCUCUUGUGGUGCUCGAGUGCCUGCAGGAGCGAGACCCCAGCGCGUACCAGUUCCUGAUACAGCUCCCCUCCGGGCAGGCCUUUUUUGGCAGCACGCCGGAGCGCCUAUUCGUGAGGCACGGCUUGGCUGUAGCCAGCGAGGCGGUGGCCGGGACACGCCCCCGGGGAGUGCCCAUCAAUACGCCUAUGGACCAGAAGAUUGCGUAUGAGAUUCUCCUGAGCGAGAAGGAGAACCGGGAGUUUGACAUCGUGCGGGACAGUAUACACGCACACAUGCAGACGGUGUGCGCCGCAGUGGAGGUGGAGGUGCCCAAGAAGCUGAUCAAGCAGGCCACCGUGCAGCACCUCUACGGACGCCUCAACGGAACGCUUCUCUCGGACGCACAAGAGUUCGACAUGCUGGCCAAGCUUCACCCGACCCCCGCUGUAUGUGGCCACCCCCAGGCCCCAGCCAGGGAAGCGAUCUCUGCAAACGAGCCGUUCGAUCGGGGCAUGUAUGCCGGGCCCAUGGGCUGGCUCGGUGGAGACGGCUGCGAGUUCGCGGUCGCCAUCCGUUCCGCUCUGACACACUCCGCCGAAAAUAGUGGAUCGGAAACGGAAGGAUCGCAGUUAAGAGCACAACCGAGCGCUAACGAUACCAGCCUUAGCGAGCAAAGCGGUGUUGGGCAAAUUAACGGAGUAGAAAGCUGGGGGGAGCGGGCGGAGGGGGCAGCGAAUGGGCGGCAAGGUGGGGAGAGCACCAGCGGACGGACGGACGGGAGCGGCGAACGUGCGUUUCGGUCCGGCGGUGGGAGAGCCAAGGCGCAGCAACGGUUGAGGCCUCAUGACUCGGUGGACGCGACUUUCGACGGGGAGCUAGUAAGAGAUGUAAACGGGACGUCAGGUUUGGACCGCAUUGUCGAGGAGAAGAGUUCUGGAAGACGACCGGGGUUGCCAACUGCGGAAACGGAUGGUUCUUGGAAGACAAGUCGCGUAAGAAGCUCAGCGGAAACCUCGGAGGUGACGUUCCGGCCCGGAAAGAAGAUCUCCUUGUUCGCCGGUGUGGGGAUCGUCAAAGGGGCGGACCCCUUGGCGGAGUGGAGGGAGCUGAAUUUGAAGACAAGCCAGUUUGAGAGGAUAUUGUCGCCGCUGCCUCCGCUGAGCGAAGCGCCCAACGUUAAUGCCCUCUGGGCAAGGCUCGUCGUGGAGGAAUGCUGCCGGCUGGGUGUCACGUAUUUUUGCAUCGCCCCCGGCUCCCGCUCCUCUCCGCUCGCCGCCGCCGCCGCCGCCAACCCGCGCGCACGCUGCAUCUCGUGCAUCGACGAACGCUCGCUCGCGUUCCACGCCCUUGGCUACGGCCGGGCCAGGCACGUGCCUGCUGCCGUCAUCACGUCGUCAGGAACUGCGGUGUCGAAUCUGAUGCCCGCGGUCGUUGAAGCGCACCAAGACUGCGUGCCUUUGCUGCUGCUAACGGCGGACCGGCCACCCGAGCUGCGGGACACCGGUGCUAAUCAGACCAUUGAUCAGGUCAAACAUUUCGGCGGAUUCCUUCGCUACCAUUCGGACCUUCCCGCUCCGGACGGUGCCCUGCCCGCCCGCAUGGUCCUCACCACUAUCGACCAGGCCGUCUAUCGUAGCACGGGCUCCCCCGCGGGCCCUGUCCACAUCAACCUCGCCUUCCGGGAGCCCCUCACUCCCCUGCCGAAGCCGUUCCCGCCCGCCGUUCUACAAGGCCUCGAGCGGUGGCAAGGCAGCGCCGCCCCGUACACAUCGUACGUCCGAAGCGCGAGCAGCGGCCGCGAUUCGGCUGGCGAGCUGUCCGAGAUUGCAGAGGUUUUGGCGGGGGCGAAGAAGGGCUUGAUUGUGGUCGGGGGGAGGGGGGUGGGCCGCGAAGACACGUGGGCGAUCUUGAGACUGGCGGAGGCGCUGGGUUGGCCAAUCGUGGCGGACGCCGCCUCGGGCCUCCGCGUACUCCGCGCCCGCGCCUCGACCCAAGCCCCUAAACCUCCAGUGGUUUACCACUUUGACCACGUGUUAUUGGGCGUCCAAGCGGAACGAGCUCGGACGCUCUUGGCGCCGGACGUCGUUCUUCAGCUCGGCUCGCGGCUGACGUCAAAGCGCACGUCAUCAUUCUUGGACGGGUUGCCGCUCCGGGCUCACGUCUUGGUCGAUUCGCACCCGUUUCGGCACGACCCGAGCCACGUGUUGAGUCACCGGGCAGAGAUGGGAAUUGCCACUUUUGUAGACGCAGUCUUGGAGGCAGUAGAGGAGACAACGAUUUUCACACCGCUGAGAGGAAGCGGUCUAGAUGGGCGGGGGGAAGGUAACUGCUCUGGUAUCAGUUUGCGCGAGCAAGUGGACGGUCUUCACGAGGACUCUUCCUUUGACGCCCCUCUUUCCACUAGACGACGUUCAGAGAGCUUCAAUGGAAACGGAACCAAGCAGACCCUGAUAAAUAAAGAGCCAAUUGAACGGAUUGGGAAGAACCCGGAGCAUGCCGAAUUCAGCGGUCAGAGUCGUUCUGCACUGAGCGAGUACGGUCGGAUGCUGGUCGAGCUGUCAGAAGCCGUGGGCCGGGAGAUCGCCACGUGUCUCGAAGAGGAGGAGGAGCUGUCAGAGCCCCACGUGGCAAGAAUCGUGGCGGGGUCCAUCGCUGCGGAGGGGGCGCUGUUCUUGGGGAACAGCAUGGCCAUCAGAGACGUUGACAUGUACGCAGAAGACUUCCUCUCGGGGGCCCUUCAAGCCGGCACCGGGCCCCCAGGGUACGGAACUAUUCCCGAUUCUGGCGCAGCAAUCGGUCCGGCGAGCGUGGGGCCGUGUGUGGCGGCCAACCGGGGGGCGAGCGGCAUAGAUGGAGUGCUCAGUACUGCCACGGGGUUUGCUGCGGGGCUGGGGCGGCCGGUUACGCUUCUUGUCGGUGACGUAUCCUUUCUGCACGACACCAACGGCCUCCUGUUGGUCAACAACCGGCCGGGCCAACCCCCGGUCGUAACCGUGGUGGUUAACAACUCCGGGGGGGGCAUCUUCAGUCUGCUUCCCAAUGUGGACUCUAUCCCCGGGAGCCAUUUCACCCAGCUCUGGUCCACUCCCCACGACGUCUUCCUUGAUCGGCUCUGCAGCGGGCACAGGGUCAAGUACACGUUGGCUCGGUCGCCGGAGGAGCUGCGAGCCGCGCUGGCCUUUGCGUGGCAGCGGCGCAUGAGCUGGGUCAUCGAGGUGCACACGGACAUCGACGACAACGUGGCGCACCACAAGGCGUUACAAGCUGCCGCCAAGACGGUUGUAGAACGCGCCAUUGCCUUCGAUCGCCCUCUCGUCCCCCCUCUCCUUAGCUCCGCAUCCCAAGCCCAGCGCGAGAUCACGGACGUCCAAAUCAGUCGGUACACGGUCCAACUGUCCGCACCUCCCACCACCAAAGGCCGCACAGCCGAUGGCGCCCAAUUUAGAAAUGGGCUCUUGGUCAGAGUCGUUCUGCGAGGUGGGGCUGUGGGUACCGGCGAAAUUGCCCCCCUGGAAAGCUUACAUGAAGAGAGCCUGGAAGAAGCGGAGGAACAAAUUUGCGCCCUGAGAGAAGCGCUGAUUGGGCGGAGCCUUCCGGGGACGCUGCCGCUGCUGGGCGGAGCGAUUGCCACGUGGCUGCGGGAGGAAGCGGGGAUCGACGCCGCAGCUCUCCUCCCCAGCGUCCGGUGUGGGCUCGAGACCGCCCUGCUGACGUUACUCGCGAACCACGUAGGCGUGCCCCUCUCCAAGCUGCUCCUUGGACGCCCCUCUCUGCCACGUGGCGGUGCGUCGACCAACGGGGAGCUGCCACUUGGCAGCCCUCAGGGGCCGCUGGUGUGCGCUCUCCUGGCGUCCGAGGGGAGUCCGGAGGAGGCGGCGGAAGAGGCGCGCGAGGCCGUGACACGUGGCUUCUGCACGCUGAAGCUCAAGGUGGCGCGCCGCAGCUCGCCUACCGCAGACGCCGCCGCCAUUGCUGCCGUCAGAGCUGCAGUUGGGCCUGACGUAAUGUUGCGAGCGGACGCAAACCGGCGGUGGACUCUCGACCAGGCGACGCAGUUUGGGCUGGCCGUCAGAGGUCUAGGUCUGCAGUACGUAGAGGAACCAGUGGACAACCCGUCCGAUAUUGCGGAGUUCCACCAGAGGACAGGUGUCGCCGUCGCAUUGGAUGAGAGCGUGGACGAGGGCCUGGUCGGGAACGCCCAGACGGAUCUUCCACUGGGGACGCAGCAGAGCGUCGUGGCACUGGUCAUCAAACCGUCCCGAGUUGGAGGCAUCGAGGCGACGGCCGCCUUGGCACGCUGGGCUUCGAAGCGGGGCAUAUCGACCGUCAUAAGUGCAGCAUUUGAAAGCAGCGUCGGUUUGUCGGCAUAUGCCGAGCUCGCCCACUUUGUGGACGAGAACCGACGUGGAUUAGAGGAAACGGCCGCUUCUAGUUCUGCAAACCCCGAAACCCCGGACCAAACGUCAAACCUCACCCCCCCGGCAGAGCCGUUCUCGGUGGCGAUCCGUUCCGCCUUCGAGAUGAGCGGCGUUCCGGUGAACGGAAACCCGGAGGUGCGGACGUUCCUGGACAAACUAGAGCGCGAGGAGAAGCGGGAGAGGAGGAAGAAGGAGCGGUUAUUGGAGCGGGUUAGAUUAAGGGAGAUGGGCGGUCAGAGAGUGGCGCACGGGUUGGGCACGUUUGAGUGGCUGGCAAACGACGUGGUUUCGGGAAAUGGGUUUGCGCUGACCGGAAGUGAGGGCCCGGGUCUCGAGGUGGAUAUGCAAAGAACGGCAGGCGUACUUGCUCAACCCGGUCUUGACACAGCGACCGUAACCGGGUUUGACUCGCUGACGAGGUCAGAGUUUGACCAAAAGGGGACAGACGAGCAGACCCGUGGUACCCCAAAUCUGAGAAGUACACCGGAAAAGGAGGGUGGGGUGGACGAACUCGAAAGGUCGGUCACUGGGGUUGGUGAAACUCUGGGUGGAGGGGUGGGGUCCAGCGCAGCAGAUCGUGAAGAGGUUGUAAAAACGGCACAGGCGGAGUACCGGUUCAGACUAACCGAGAUUACGGACGGCGACCAAAGUAAGGAGUUGCCGGGCGCUGAUCGGCCCCUUGUCCUCUUCCUGCACGGCUUCCUGGGCUCCCGUGCCGACUGGUUCCCAGUCAUAGACCACUUAACGUCCUCUGCCCGGUGCAUACCUAUCGAUCUACCGGGGCACGGCCAGACAACUGUCCUUCCUAGACCCCCAAACCCUGAAAAGCCGAGCUUAGUGCAGUCGUCCGAUAACGCCCUUGCUGCGGACGGUGGCUUUCCGGAUGCUCCUCAAAGUGCCGGACUGUCCGCUGACGAGCUCGAGGAGCGUGACGUCAGCCGGAUGUUGGAUGACGUCAGCCGAGCGUACGGCGUGGAGAGCGUGGGCGGGGCCAUUUCCGCGCUGAUUGAACGGUUGCGAAGCGACGGUCAGAGGGUGGUGGUCGUUGGAUAUAGCUUGGGGGCGCGGGUGGCGCUAUACCUGGCGGUCAAGCAUCCGGACUUGAUGGCCGACGUCGUCGUCAUCUCCGGGAGUCCCGGGCUGGUGACGUCAGCGGAGCAGGAGGCGCGGGCGCAGCAUGACGACCGCCUGGCGCAGGAGCUCUUGCGGGACGGCGCGUCGGCGUUCAUUCAGCGGUGGUACGAGGCACCCAUGUGGGACAGCCUACGAAGUCGUCCCGACUUCGAAUCCUUACAAGCGGAGCGUAUCGCGAGCGCCUCCGAAGCCGAGCUCUGCGCCGCCCUCCGAGGUCUCAGCACGGGACGCCAGCCUUCGCUCUGGCCAGACUUGGCCGGAAUAGGGGGGAGAGUGUUUUGGGUGACCGGAGCACAAGACGCGAAGUUUGUUGGCAUUUGCCGAGGGGUUAUGGAGGCAGUGAAGGAAACGGGGCGCAAAUGGACUUUCCUCGAGUUGGAGGGAUGCGGGCAUGCAGUACACGUGGAGGCCAAGGAUUCGUUGGGGGUUGUGCUGCACGAGUGGCUUACUCCGUCAAGGGACGUUUGUUGACCGCUCUGGAUUCUGAAAGUUGCG